AUCUGUUAUCAUAUAAACGUUAUCGAGCUGUUCAAAAUGAUCAGGGGGUACGCUUAUCAGGAUUAAGAGUCAACAAUCACCGGUUAAACUGCGAGUAUUUUACAUUUGAAACACAGUACAGUAUAUUGAGAUGAAGAUGUGUGCAGAAAAAACGAUUCUAAUGGAAAUUGAUUUACCCUCGGUCUAUUUCCGCAGGCAUUUAUAUUAGGGAACAUGUCAGUGGAAAUGUAUCCCGUGGCGUCCUGUCCUGGGGACGGCGACUCGUGGCAGAAGGCUGGAAUCACAUUGAACUGUCCAAAAGACACCAUCGGCAGGAACCUUUACCAAUGUGCCCCUAAUGAAUAUAAGACAGACUUGGUCGAGUUCUGCUUGGAGGGAUCCAUCGGGAGAUUUGAAGAAGGUUUAUGUGUGUACGCCUAUCCUAGUGGACACUUAGGUGUGAAGAACUGCACGAAGUUUGUGACCGGAUGUCCUGAAACACCCUACAUCAACAAUGAAAUCUACAACCACCCAGCAUGUUUAGAAAUCAAUCGUGAAGCAGGUUGCUACUUAGCGGAUCCCACGUGUCCUCCUAUUGAUAGGACACCAGUGCCACUUAACAGAAGUUCUGUGUCGUAUAAGGAUGGAUUGGGGAAUGUGACAUUAGCCACCACAAACUUCACAAAUACUACGAAUUCAAAUCCACAAGACUCUGUCAAUGUGACUGUCGUGGUGGUGUUCUCGGUGUUGGCCAUCAUAGUCGUGAUUGGAAUAAUUCUGUUUUUCUUGUGUAGAAAAAGGAUACGGAAGAGGAGGAAUCAGAAGUAUAGGGAAGGCUUGGAACCGGCCCCUUAUGAAAGCAUAUCAAUUAACGUGGAAGCGACCCGUCACGAAGAACACUUAUCUGUUCCGCGGACAAUUGAUAGUCGUUUUGAAAUGUACAUGAAUGGAUCCAGAUGGGAAACAGAUACCUCUGGCAAGUAACACCUUUUCAGAAGGCAUUGCCAUUCAAUACAAAUAUUUACCUCUAUUCAAAGACAGAAUAACCAGUUUUAAUGAAAAGCAAAGGUUGUGAUUGGUGAAGAAAUUGACAUACAAAUCCUCUUUGAAUGAUGUUUAGGUUUUCAUUGAUCGCCAUGAAUAUAUUUAGUUCAUAAUUUAGUCAUAUAUGAUGUACAGGGGUAUGUCAGAAAAAACAAAAUGGUGAGAAAUAUUUCAGUGUGAACCAUUUUAUUCCGAAAAUAAAAUAAAGUUACACAUCCUGUGAUAUCAAUCUUAAAGAAAUAACAUAGUUACAUAGUUGCCAUUUUGCAAGAGAAUAUUUCUGUUACAAAAACGUACAGUACCAACCAGACCCAACCUGUCAGAAAGCAGUCCCAGAGCAGUCUCGGAGACUGUUUUAUGGGACUGCUCAGGGACUGCUUAGCAGUCCCACAGCUGACACGUAGCAGUCCCACAGCAGUCUCAGUAAACAAACCAAAAACAGUCCCAGCGGUUCCAGUAGUCCCAGCAGUCCCAAUGGGCGGGGUUAAACUAGUCGGAGGAGCUAAGCCGACAGUGAGAUUAUCAAUAAACAUUGUCGAUAAUCGCUGGAGCACGUCAAUACGGUAGACGAAGUCGAAGAUAAAUGACUUGCAAUGUAAUUAAAGAGAAAAGCAAUACAUUAUACAUGAAACAGCACAUAUUCAACAUACUUGUGUGACACGCAACUAGGUUAAGGGCUUUCAUAGCAAAAUGCACAAUAAUCAUGGGGUAAAAUUGCACCUCAAAUUCACAGGUAUCAUUACACUUGUUACGGUUAAACACAGAAACGAUACUACCCAUAUGUUGACUGUGACUGAGCUACCGUAAAUUCCCCUCAUGAUAAUUUCCCGUGACGUCAGUUGAAUAUCACGUAACAUUUUAUUUUUGGAAAUCAGCAAGAGAACCUACUUGUUAACAAAAGUUCAGAUUCAUGCGGGUAACCAGCUGAAUGUUUAUUGAUAUACGCAGAAAAGAAUAAAAAUCCUUAACCUGAAAAGUGUUGGGAACAAAUACAUACUAAAAUUAAACAUGCUAUAAUGUAACAACACAUCAACAGUCAUCAACAAAUUACCGGGAUUGUCCACAUUCUUAUACAUAUCAUACCGUUAAUACACAAGACAGAAAUUGCUCCCCGCACUUUUCAAACGCAUAAAUAUAUCUAGAUUAUAUAUCAGAAAAAUUCAUAUUGUUUUUGAUAGCAGAUUAACCUGAACUUUGCCACUGUUUCUGUAGUAUGAGAUUAUCUAUGUACAUGAGGGAAUUUUUAAACGCGACAGUCAUUAAGAUUAGGGGCGAUUUCAAGGUCACAAUAUAAUAUGAAUAUCAGCUUCGUGCAUACUAUAUAUUUAAAAGGGAGCAUAAUUUGAUAUCAUAAAGCAUUAAUAUAAAUAAUCAUUUAACAAGAUAUGUUUUAUCGUAUACAGCUUAUCACUUGAUAACAUUAGUAAAUAACGACAAAAUAUUAUGACACUUUCCCCGCGAUACAACUAUCAGAACAUGUACGCUGUGAUGUACUUUUUCAUUGUGACGUCAUAUGGUGCGAAGUGCACAGAGGUACAUUUAUGAAAACACUGUGGUUUUUCUCGGAUAGCCUUAACUGAGCUGCGCACUUUUUCAUGAAUUUAUAACAAAAUGAUAGUUUAUGAAUACGAGUGAAAAAAGAUAAAUGCAGAGUUUGUAAGUCUGAUAACAACAAUUUCACAACAUAAAAUCAAUUGACGUUUAUGUUCUGUCAGGUAAUUUUGUUGUUGUUAUUUAUCAUUUAUUUCCUUAGUAUUUCAUACAUGUGAAGUGCAUCUUGGGUUCUUAAAAUUAUGUAGCAUAAUUAUAUUUAUUUCUUGAUUGGGUUAUUGAAAUAAAUGUGUUUAAAGUCGCCUAAAUAAUUUAUUCACUUAUCGUCUAUAUUAAACUAGCAAAAACUGCUUUCCACUUACGUGUACACAUAUUUUUAAUUUGUAAAUGAUUGGUUAGAUACUUAUUGCCAGCAUUGUAAAAUUGUUUAAUUGAACUACAACAUUUAGACUAACUCAAAUAAUUAUGAAGAUUCUAAUCAAAGUGUAUAUAUACAUGUUGUUUUAACCUGAAAUCGAAGUUAUAGUGUUUGUAAAGUACAUGUUCCCCAAAAAUAUGUGUUCAAAGCGUUCCUGAUGACAACAUUUAACAAUGAUUCAUGAUAACCCUGUUUUGACACCUGUAAACAAACGACGGCAUUCCGUGUCUCCCGUUGCCAUGGACACAGUAUACCUGAGUAGCCUCCCCCAUCAGAUCGAAGUUGCCGAUCCCAUACCCCAGCUCCCCUCAAGAGUUAUCGUCUAUCUAAUCAAUGGUACAAUGGAUUAUCUGAUUAUUACUAUUUUCUCUGUUUAUGGAUUCAUGAAUUUGGGAAUUAUCUAUUCCAUUAUCUUUUAUCAAAAUUAUCCGCCGUCGAAUAUAGGGAGAUAAUCUUGUUAUUCUUUUUCCAUCCAUUAUUUUCACAAGUUUUCUAGUGAAAGUGCGUCAGUUAGCGGUGCAAAAAACUACUGAAGUGAUUUGUGUAUAUUCUGAAUGCCUGGUGUGUGGGGUUUCUUGUCAAUCAUAACAUCACGUGAUUCAUUCACGCUUGACUGAACAAAGCAGUCCCAGAAAGCA